AUGUUGUUCAACCCGGGAAAACCAUCAGAAGAUGUCAUAUCAUACCGGUCAAUAUCACACUUUCCAAGUUUGUCUAAACUCUUAGAGAAACUUUUACUUAAACGUUUAAAACCAAUCAUAGAAGAAAAACAUUUUAUAUCGGACAAUCAGAUUGGAUUCCACAGUAAAUAUUCGACAAUCGAUCAAGUCCAUUGCUUCACUAACAUUAUAAGUAAAGCUCUUGAAGAAAAAGAUUACUGCUGUGGAGUGUUCCUUGACGUAGUUCAGGCUUUUGUCAAAAUCUGGUACAAGGAUUUCCUCAUCAAAUUGCGUAAUCAACUGCCACAUACUUGGUGUGCACUUUUUGAAUUAUUUUUAACUGAUCAUCAAUUUCGAGUUAUGCAUGAAGAAUUCAUAUUUACACUAACAGAGAAAGUCGUUUUUUGA